UUUGACAUUUGACAAUAUUAUGAAUUCACGACAAUUUUAGGUUAUUCGUGGAAAUUCAUUUAAUUUGUCCUAUUUUUCAAAAGUAUUAUAUAAAAAAGCCAUGCCUCUGCCCCCAGCUAGUGGAACGGGCAAAUACUACGCCUUAGCCGCCAAAUCUAUUCGUUUAAUCCGACAAGGAUGCACAAAUAGACCGUUUUUCCAUAUUUCGGUUACUCAGCGCAAACGCCUCAACAGCCAGCCAGUCAUUGAACAGCUGGGUUCAUACGACCCCAUGCCAAAUAUUCAUAAUGAGAAGCUUGUAGCGCUAAAUUUGGAAAGAAUAAAGUACUGGAUGGGACAAGGGGCUCAUGUUACUAACCCUGUUGCUGAGUUGUUAGGGUUAGCAGGAUUCUUCCCAAUCCAUCCACGAACAUAUAUGACUGCCUGGAGAAAUAGGAAAGCAGAAAAAGAAAGAAUAAUAAAAGAAGCAGAAGAAGCUGCUAAAAGUUCAUAGAUUUAAGAUGUGUAGUUUUUAUAUUAGUUAAUAAAAUUGUAGAUAUUUA